AUGGCCUCGAGCUCGAAGUCCACCUUGACCAUUGGAACGCCCAUCAGGGCGACUGCCGACUUCUGCCUUCUCCCGCUCGGAACUUCCAGCGCGUCAGUUUCCAGACAGAUUGCCGACGUUCAACUGCUUAUGCAAAAGAGCGGGCUGAAUUACAGUAUGCAUAGUGCUGGGACCACCGUUGAGGGUACCUGGGACGAAGUCACGGGGGUGAUUGGGCAAGCCCAUUCGAUGCUGCAUGAGCAAGGCAUCGUCAGAGUCCAUACGGAUAUUCGUAUUGGGAGUAGAACGGAUAAAACAGAGAAUUUCAGGGACAAAGUGACAGCUGUGGAGAACCAUCUUGCGAAAGAUGCCGAAGCUGCUCAAUGA